GUGGAGGUUGUUGAGGAGGAGAAGCGAGCGCUUGAGGCCAAACUCCGGAUGAUGAAUGAUUUACGGCGUGAAUUGAGCGAAGAACAACUAAAAAGACAAAUAUUGGAAAGCGAAAGGGAGUCAUGGACCUCGUAUCUUGAGAGCCAGGCUUCUGGCGAGGACGAUUUCCAAUUCCAGUCUCCGGAGGAUUUGGCUAGAGCGUUUAUCAAAGAGCGUCUGGAGGCCGCGUCGCUACUCGAUCAACUUGGAGCAGUAAAGCCGGAGCUCACAGUCAAGGAUGACAUCAUCAAGGCAUUGGAAGAUGAGAAGAGCAAGCUGCGGGAGGAAUUGGAAAAGGUAAAAUCCGGCAGUGGCGCUAUCGACACCAAGGUGCGCACUCGAUUGGAGCGCCAGCGCACUCUGGCCGUGAAGGAGGUGGAGUAUCUGCGCGCACAAAUCAAGACCUUCGAUGCCGAGGAAAACGAAUUCCAGCCCGAGUCUUUUGAUCAACAAAAGACCCAGCGGAUCCAAGAGCUGGAGGAACUUGUUGACAACUAUCGUAAGGAGCUUCAAACUUUGCACGCGGAUCUCUCGGCCGCGGAGGAACUCGCACAAAGACAAGGACAUGAGCCCAUCACCGGCAACAAGCGUCCCCUUGAUGCUGAAGAUGACGAGCGUCUCGGCGAACUGCGCCGCAAGAACCGCCAUCUCCAAGAUGAAGUAGCCAAGUUGCAAACGAGCAAGAAACUGCUCGAAACCGAGCUCAAGGCGCACGAAAAGCAACUCGCAUCACUCAAAGCCAGCUCACGCACGCGGGUCCUCGAGCUCCGUUCCAAUCCGACCGCCGAUGCCGAGGCCCUCAAGCUCAGCACCGUGCGGACGCUGCGGGAGGAAAACAAGGCACUGCUAGCACAGCUAGAAGAGCGCCUAACCGCAGAGGACGCGACAGUGCCAGCCUCCAGCCUCGAAGCGGCGCGCGACGAAAUCGAAGAGCUCAACCACACCAUCGCGGAAAAAGAAAAGCGCAUGCUCCGGCUCAAGCAGAUCUGGACGGCCAAGUCGCUCGAGUUCCGCGAAGCGGUGGCUUCGGUGCUGGGCUGGAAGCUAGACUUUAUGCCGAACGGGCGGGUGCGCGUCACCAGCAUGUUCUAUCCGGGCGACGAGGAGGACGGCGGCAACAGUAUCGUCUUCGACGGCGAGAACGGCACCAUGAAGGUCAGUGGCGGGCCGCAGAGCGUCUUUGCGGGCGAGAUCAGGCCGCAGAUAGAGUUUUGGGUCGAGGGCCGCAAGGAAAUUCCGUGCUUUUUGGCGCAGCUGACGUUGGAUUUUUGGGAGGCGACGAGGGCGGUGGGGUAGUUGGUUGGCGGGGUGUCGGCUUGAGAAGGUGGAGUAGGGACGUUUGCCGGGAUGGCGUUGUUUUCCAUUCGACUACGUCAUGUAUCAAGGCACGCUUUUGCGGUGCAGGACCGGUGAGGAGAUAUGUUCACGACGUAGUAUUGGAGCUUGGGAUGGGAUGGUAUGGUUGGGUGUAUCAACAGUAAUGAGGCGACGGGAAUAGAGAAGCCUGGCACACGUUGAUUUACACAACGUAAUCAAAAAAAAAAAAAAAAAAAAAAAAAAAAAAAAAAAAAAAAAA